AUGGACUAUAAGAAAAUUUCAGAGGAGUUGUCUAGGAAAAUGCUGGCAUACAUCAAGGAUUCAUCAGGAUGGAAAGAGAUAAAAACAGGAAAACUUAUUUCGGUGUCAGUAAGACCUUCUGCGGACUACCCAGGAAAUAUAUAUCGUGUGGAAGCCACAAUGGAGCAACCAGCUGAAAAAAUCUUUCCGUUUAUGUACCUUCCUGAGCAUCGUACCAAGUGGGACAAAUCAUUGCAGUCGUACAAGAUUAUAGAAACACUGGAUCAGGACACUGCUAUUUAUUACAGCGUUACCCACAGUUUUGGCUUGGGGCUGGUUCCACCGAGGGAUUUUGUCUACCUUACGCAUAUUAAAAAAUACAAUGGUCUUCUUACUACAAAUUCUACCAGUGUGGAACAUCCCAAAUAUCCUCCGACUUCCUCUUGCAUUCGCGGUCAAGCCUAUCCUUCCAGUUAUGCAUGUUAUCCCUUACCAGAAAAUCCAAAACACUGCAGGAUGAUGGCGAUUGUCCAGGUGGACUUAGGAGGAAUGCUGCUUCCUUCCAUAGUACAGUCAGUUUUGCCGACGAGCCUCAUGAACUUGGUCACAGACUGCAGAGCUGGAAUUAAAACACUGAAGGAAUAA